UUUUUUUGUCAAACCUUUUUGAAUUAAUUGAAAUUGAAAAUUAUUAAAAGUAAAAAAAAUGAAUUCCCCAAAACAGGAAGAAUCUGCGGCUACUGAUAAAUGCCUUGCGGACGUUUUGAUGAAAGGAGGCAGUGGAAUGCUUAUUGGUUCGGUAAUAACACUUUGUUUCUCACGGCCCCGAACAUACCCCAUCUGGUUGGGACUGGGAUUUGGUAUUGGACUUGCUUAUGAUUGCUGCCAGACUCGAUGGAAGGCUCUUAAUAGUGAUGUACGAUGAGGCACCGCAAUGGUCAUCAAUAUCGCGAUAGCUAUGCCCUGAAGACUCGUUUCGAUAUUCAUCGGUUGUUAUAUUUCCUUUUGUGUUGUUUCUUAAUGUUAGAGAGGAUAAUAAUAAUUAAGCAGUCCAAUUUAACAAGCCAAA